AGGCGUCUAUCUUGUUUUUAUUUUUAUUUUACUUUCUUUCAUAAUAAAUUAACAGGAAAAAAUAAAAAACAAAAGAACAGGGAGAGUGAAAAUUCCUGAUAAAUCUUUAUCGGAAAAGUGUCUGAUUUCUGUCACUGCAAAAUCAGGCUCAGGGAUAGAGGCGACGGAGAUUUCGUUUCGUAUCGGUUUCGGAAGCAUCUUGCUAUCCGACCGAUCGCUUAUUGACUGGUAAGAACAUUCAAAAUUCAGCGGCCAAGUUCAGGGGGCGACUUGCCCCAGGUUCGGAGGGUGAAUUCAAGCGCACUUCCAUUAGGCAUGGAUGACGAAUUGGAGAAUGGUAAUCUCAGGCCUUACGUGGACAGGCCAAGGACUUUCCCUAACAUGCGUAAUAAGGCUUAUAACCCGUUGAUUUUUCGAAUUCUCAUGGGAAUAAAUGUUCGUGUUCUUUUGAUACUUCUACUCUUGGGAUUUGGAGUGAUCUUUUACAUUGGAGCAAAAACUUCUCCGAUCAUUGUGUUUGUCUUCUCAGUGUGUAUCAUCAGCUUCCUUCUGUCCAUAUAUCUUACAAAGUGGGUACUCUCAAAGGAUGAGGGGCCUCCUGAGAUGGUUCAGAUAUCAGAUGCAAUACGAGAUGGAGCUGAAGGAUUCUUCAGGACCCAAUAUGGGACUAUCUCCAAGAUGGCAUUGUUACUAGCACUGGUUAUCUUGUCCAUAUAUUUGUUUCGCAGCCCAACUCCCCAACAAGAAUCUUCCGGCCUAGGAAGGUCAACUUCUGCAUAUAUCACUGUUGCUGCAUUUCUUUUGGGGGCUCUUUGUUCAGGUAUUGCAGGGUAUGUUGGGAUGUGGGUGUCAGUUCGUGCAAAUGUACGAGUCUCUAGUGCUGCAAGACGGUCUGCAAGGGAAGCAUUGCAGAUAGCUGUUCGUGCUGGUGGUUUCUCUGCCUUGGUUGUUGUUGGUAUGGCUGUAAUUGGCAUUGCCAUCCUUUACUCCACAUUUUAUGUUUGGUUGCGGGUGGAUUCGUUGGAUUCAAUGAAGGUUAUUGAUUUGCCUCUUCUCCUGGUGGGUUAUGGUUUUGGAGCUUCUUUUGUUGCUCUGUUUGCUCAGUUGGGAGGUGGAAUUUUCACAAAAGCAGCCGAUGUUGGGGCUGAUCUUGUUGGUAAAGUAGAGCAAGGAAUACCAGAAGAUGAUCCUAGGAAUCCUGCUGUUAUUGCAGAUCUGGUUGGAGAUAAUGUGGGUGAUUGUGCGGCUCGAGGUGCUGAUCUUUUUGAAAGUAUUGCAGCUGAAAUAAUUAGUGCUAUGAUACUUGGGGGAACAAUGGCCAAGCAGUGUAAAAUUGAAGAUCCAUCAGGCUUCAUCUUGUUUCCUCUUGUUGUUCACUCUUUUGACCUUGUGAUUUCAUCGAUUGGAAUACUGUCAAUCAGGGGUACAAGGAACUCUGGCUCAAAGUCUCCUAUUGAAGAUCCAAUGGCAAUUCUUCAAAAAGGAUAUAAUCUUACGAUAGUGUUAUCUGUUCUGACAUUUGGUUUGUCCACCCGUUGGUUGCUUUACACUGAACGAGCUCCUUCUGCAUGGUUCAACUUUGCUCUUUGUGGGUUGGUCGGUAUCAUUACCGCAUAUGUUUUCGUUUCGAUUACCAAGUACUAUACUGACUACAAGCAUGAGCCUGUACGCACAUUAGCCCUUGCGAGCUCCACAGGUCAUGCGACUAAUAUAAUUGCUGGAGUCAGUUUGGGCCUGGAAUCAACAGCUCUUCCUGUUCUUGUCAUUAGUAUAUCUAUUGUUUCAGCUUUCUGGCUGGGUCAGACAUCCGGUCUAUUGGAUGAAGCUGGAAAUCCAACUGGCGGGCUCUUUGGCACUGCUGUAGCAACAAUGGGAAUGCUCAGCACUGCUGCCUAUAUUCUUACCAUGGAUAUGUUUGGUCCAAUAGCAGAUAAUGCUGGUGGAAUUGUAGAGAUGAGUCAGCAGCCAGAAAGUGUUCGUGAGAUCACUGAUGUGCUUGAUGCAGUAGGGAACACAACAAAAGCUACAACCAAAGGAUUUGCCAUUGGUUCUGCAGCCCUUGCGUCUUUCCUCCUGUUUAGUGCUUAUAUGGAUGAGGUAGCUGCAUUUGCUCAGGAACCUUUUAAACAGGUUGAUAUUGCCAUUCCAGAAGUUUUUGUUGGUGGAUUGUUGGGCUCCAUGCUUAUUUUUCUAUUUAGUGCAUGGGCCUGUUCUGCAGUUGGCCGAACUGCUCAAGAAGUUGUGAAUGAAGUAAGGAGACAGUUUAUUGAGAGGCCUGGUAUAAUGGACUACAAGGAGAAACCAGAUUAUGGUCGCUGUGUUGCUAUUGUAGCAUCGGCUUCUCUGAGGGAGAUGAUAAAACCUGGUGCUUUGGCUAUUGUUUCACCUAUUGUUGUUGGUCUCUCGUUCCGGAUUUUGGGUUACUAUACUGGGCAUCCUCUACUUGGGGCUAAAGUAGUGGCCGCCAUGCUCAUGUUUGCCACAGUUUCUGGCAUUCUUAUGGCUCUUUUCCUGAACACAGCUGGUGGUGCCUGGGAUAAUGCAAAGAAGUAUAUAGAAACAGGGGCCCUCGGAGGCAAGGGGAGUGAUUGUCAUAAAGCAGCAGUUACUGGAGAUACUGUGGGAGACCCAUUCAAAGACACGGCUGGACCUUCUCUUCAUGUGCUCAUAAAGAUGCUUGCAACCAUUACGCUUGUCAUGGCUCCAAUUUUUCUGUGAGGUUUACCGUUUAGGCCUGCCCCCCCCCCCUUGUGGUCUCUCACCCGCGCACAACACCCACCUCCCUUGGAUACAUAGCUACUUUGCAAAUAUGAUGGUAGGUAUUUUCAUGUAUAUCAAGGGUGCCCGAUUCAUAGUCAUACAGAUUUUCUUUUUUGCUUAAUCCAAAUAAUACAUGUUAGUUAGCAUCUCAUUUUAGUGCCUAAUGGUUUAAAAUAUAUCUAUUUAGUGUAUGUAUCGAGUUAUCCAGACCACAAUCAUGGGAUCGGCUUGAGCCUCAUGUUUUCCUAGAGUUUCAUUUUUCCUUUUUGGCUGUUUGACCGCAUGAAUGUGAUGUGUCUAUAGCCUUGUAACAGAUAGGCACUCUUUUUGGGCAUUUGCUAUUGUCUAUUGAUUUAAACAACUGAGUUUUCAUGAUUUUCUUGCA